CCGCGGAACCCUUCCCGGGACAAGGAAGAGGAAGAGGAGGAGAAGCCGGGGACCGGCCAGCCGACCGGCGCGAGCCGGGGCGCCGCCAGUGUUGAAAAUGAGCCCAUGAGCACAAGUCAGAAAAAGGGAAAUGCACUUCCAUCAGAAGGAGUAAAGAUUCCCCAAGGUGAGGACAGAAGGAACCAAGCUGAUCAGCCUGCCAUUCUUCCAAUGCUGGACGACCCCCCAAAGCCAAAUGACCUUUCUAAUUCCACCUCAGAUGCCAAAACAGGGGAAAGUGAGCGACAGCCCAAAGAAAGCUUUUUUCAGUUUCUUGGGAACUUAUUCAACAUCUCAGGAAAGUCAUCUCUUGGGGAAGUUAAACAGUCUUCUUUCAAAGAUGACCAGGAGAAAUCUGAGAAAGAUCCACAAACUCCCAGUGGCCCUCCUGAGGAAGGGAUCCACAGGGAGAAGGAGAUUACUGGCUGCCCAGUGAGGAUUCAGGUACUUCCUGUGGAAGAACAAGAGUCCAACUCCUCAGAACUGUCUGACGCAUUUUCUUUGGAUACAACACAAGACAGCGAACAGGAAACCACUGAUACGCUGAAAAAAGACACUGUUGGUAAAGCAGAGAAGCCUUCAGUAACAUAUGCAACAUAUCGAGGCCCCACACAUAUCAGGAAGUAUUUGAAGCAACAGACUGUGUUGGAAACCGUGAAUCACUUAGACAGAGAAGAUGAAAGCUCUGACUCAAGUACACACACACACAUUGGCUCUAGAAGUAUAAUGGACACUGUGAUGGCCCCAUUGUCAUCAGCCAGCAAAGAGGUAGCCACAAAAGGAUGUUUGCUUGGAGGUCCCUUAGAAGUCUCUGGCUAUAGCCAAAUAAAUCUCAACAUGGAAAGCCAUCUGGAAAAUAACCCAGAAUUGCAGAACAUUGCCUCAUCUAAGACUGUUGUAGAUAAAAAUAGCUAUGGAGGCUCUAGGAGAAGUUGUGCCUCCCCUUCUUCUGUGUCUAACCCCAGCUAUGUUGUUGGGAAAUCUGACUCACAGACUGAGAGUAGUUUGGUUUGUUCAUCAUUGUUUGGAGGAAGUAAAAGUAGCCAAGUCCCUUGUCCAGAAUUUCAGAGAGAAACUGCAACAGAAAAUACGUUGAGAGAAACCAGCUCCAUGAUAAGUGAUGGCAUGUCAAUGUCAAGAGAGGGACACGUUGGGCCCCAGAGACCUGCUGUUUCUGAUUUCUGUGGUAAAUCUGAUGGGAGUGACAGUACCAAAGUGGAAAGUACAAAUUUGUCAAGUCCAAAUAAAUCAAUUAGGCAUGAAGAUACACUGUUGCCAGAGAGUAAGUGUUGUGACAAGCCAGCUGCAGAUAACCCAUCAAGGCGGAAUGUCAGUCACACCAGCAUUACUGCUCUCCAGGGACAUGCUGUGACAGACUCAAAACUUGUUAAUGAAGGAAAGAAGUUACCUGCCCAAGACUCACAGAAAAAUGUGGUUUCAGAAAUCAUGCUAGAAGCAGUAGGCGCCUCAGGGGUUGAGCCUACAACUUUAAGUAAUAUAAGAGCCCCAGAAGACAAAUUUGAGUCCUUACCCAAAGACACUGAGCCACUGUGUGAAACAGAAACCAAAAGGCUUGGUUUGGUGCUGCAUGUCAAAACUCACAGUGGGGGAAAAAAUCAGGAGGACCCUGGUUCUGUAAAAUACUCCAGUGACUCAGCAGUCGUAGCAAAACUAGAAAGUGAGACUGCACCUAACGUGAAUUUUGAACCUAAUAGAAAUCCUACUUCAGACUCGCCUCUUCACAUAGAGAAUCCACAAAAAGCCAAAGUUUUCCCUGAUGCCAAGACAGCUCCUAACCUUGACUGCAAAACUGCAGAUUGCAGGACCUCGCCCCCCACCUUUGUUUCUGAGAUGGACAUGCUCUGCAAGUUGGAUUUCCCUGGUUUAAGGAGGGAGAGAGCUCUGUCCAGUAAAACUGGACAGGGCAACAUUCACUCCCUUAGUGAGUGUCAAGAUGUGGGGAACCAUUCUGAGGCCGCAGACAGGGAGACUCAUGCUCUUUGCCUUGGACAUGCAUCAGUAAUCACCGAGGCCAAGGAGACUGUUCCUGAUAGAUGCCGGUUUCCUUUAGGUCCUGGAACCAUUGGCACUCACUUAGCUGGGGUGGAUCUAUCGGACUUGGAGCAUGGAGGGAUCUCUGAGGACCACAAGUCUGUUCCAUCUCAUGGCUGUAAGAAAGCAGAGUCCUCAAGCACUAAGGCAAGUAGCACCUCAGAGAAGUCUGAUUCUCUUUCCUUGGAAACCCAAACUGCUAAGAUGUUACUCCAAGUAGAGGCUGACGCUCAGAGCAGCUUCCCCAUUGCAUUGAAUUCUGGUAAAGGAAAAGCCUUGUCCAAGUUGCCUGUUUCUCAAGCAGAACCCAGAGACAUUUCUCAGAACAAACUUGCUUUUUCUCAGUUAACAGUUGCAGGCAAGCUAACUAAGACUGUUUUAUCAGAAUUAAAUUCUCUAGAGAUUGAAAAGGACAAAAAUGGUCAAUCGAUGGAUCACAAAGAGAUGAAAGAGAUGUGUUUAGGUGGUGGCUUUGAAAAGAAUCACCGGGUUGGGGUGUCUUGUGCCUCUCAAUAUCACAGUGUACAAGAAUCAGAGGUAGACACCCAAGAUAACCCUGCUUCUCUUCUCAAAAGCAGUCAGCCUGGGAUUGUACCUCUUGGUCCAGAGGAGGAAUCCACGGGGCACAUGGCACAGAAUUGUAAAGCUAGCAUGUGCGUAAUCAGCCCAUCUUUGGCUAUUUGUAGGACUCGAAAGAGUUCUAGUAUCUCUGAAAUGGAAGAACCGAGUUCAGAUAAUAUUUCUCCAAAGUUCCAAGAAACCGACAGCACGCAAGUAUAUUCAUCUUUUCUGGGUUCUGAUGCCUGUUUGGAGAAAAGCGUGUUUACAUCUGAGGACGGUAGCUCACUCAGUGUGCCUUCUCUGCUGGGACCAGAAGGGGAAGCCUCCUCACACAGAGAAAACGCUAAUUUCCUGCGUGCUGGUCCUGGUGCUGCAUCUUCUUCCUCUUGUCACUCGAAAGAAUACAGCACAGCAGCUGUAAAUCCACAUGCUCUCCCAAGUCAUUUUGACUCCUUAAAAGUUACUGUAAACCUCACGUGUGAAGGUGCUUCUGUUACUGACCGGCUGGGCCAUAAAAGUGCCUACUUGGAAUUAGAGACGCCUAGUCCAAAAGGGGCAGAGGUGACUCCAUGUCACGGAUGUUUAGGGAGUCAGACUGAGAAGGUAUCUCUUGCUUUCCCAACUACUGCCUGCUUUGACAAUCCCAUGAAGGCAGAGACAGGAACAGUUGCUGGGGCACCAGUGUCAGUUAACAGCUCAUGCCAGCAGUGUUCUGAAGCAUCUGCUGAUCUUCAGACAGAAGCAAGGAGAAGAGCACAUGACCAACUUUUACUCAAAAGUGGUUUACUCUCAAAAGCUGAUAGAUUGCUUGAGGAGAUUUUCAGUUCUGUCAGGGAAGAACUGAAAUCCAAGCACACAGUUGGUACCUGCCAGGAGCAUCCAGCAAAAGACUAUGUAAUGAAUCCAGGUACUGUGAAAGAAGAUAUCCCAUCAGAAGUGGCGUUAACGGGGAUCCAACCAGAAGAGCACGUGGAUGAGAAGAGUGUGGAAAAUAUGUCAGAAGUCCAAGAAGAAGAGAAGGACAGUGUUUCACCUGCAGUUGGUGAGACAAGUCUCCUUUUAGAUUUUGAUAGAGUGAAUUUUUCUUCCUUGUUAGAAGACCAGACCACAGAAUUAGUCAAUGAGGUUAUUUUUGCAGUCCAAGAAAAUUUGACAAGUGAUAUUGAAAAUACCUGGGCUUCUGAACCUCAGGCUAACACUGCAGAGAUUCUGAACAGUGGUGGCAUUAAACCACAUGACAUAGUUAGGGAGUUCUUGGUAUCAGAACAGGCAGUAAAUCAAAGCACGUGUGAAAUUAGUGACAAUAAAAUAUCAGGCAAAUUCUCUUCCUCCUCCAUAAGUGACUUAGUUAGUAGCACCAAGUCAAUUAAAGGAAGAGAGAUCGUUGCCUAUCAGCAGCCCCCAAGUUUUAGAAGUGGAGCUGGACAGUCUGAUAUUAUAAAUUUGCAGAAAUCAGAGACUGUUUCACGAGCUGAAGACUUGCUCCAUACAAGGUUAGAUGAUGGAGCGAAGCCACACUUAUUUGUCAGUGAGUACUGUAAAAGGGCAGCAGAAACAGAGUGUGUGGAUAAUCACAAAAUGGCAACAAGAGAUGCUAGAACUCUUGCAUUAAGUUUCAACUUGCCUCUAUUUGCAAGUGAUGAUACCCAUAUGCCUGGCACCUCCAAAAGCAGUUUGUCUGACAGUCUUGUGUGCGUAUCUGAAAAAAGUUUGUCAGGACAUAGUAAAAGCACACCCCUUGCAAUGGCAGACUUGGGGAAAGCACACAAAAAGGAUAAUGAAGUAAGUGCAGGGAAAAUCGCGCUUAUACCUUCCAUGUUAGAAAUGGGAAACAUCAGUAAAAGGGAUGCUGAAUUGAAUAUUAUGAAACAUGAAGCAGCCCCUCUUAUGUCACAUAAAGAAAAAGCAUGCAAAAAGGAUGCUGAAUUGAACACUACAAAAGCUGAGCCAGAGGCUGGCAUUCUUACAAGGGGAGGUGUAUACCAAAUGGAUGCUCAGGUACAUGUUGAAAAACCCGAGGAAUUACCUGCCACUUUGGGAAUGGAAAAAGCACAUAAGAUGGAUAGAGAAGGAGACACUGGCAAACCUGAGGUGAUGCCUGCUGUGUCAGAAAUGAAAACUACCCAUCAAAAAGAUGCUGAGGGUGACAUUGUAAAGACUGAGGUGACACCUGUUUCAAUGGAGAUGGGAAAUAUUUACCAGAAGCAUGCUGUAGGGGAUGUUGGAAGCACAGGGGUUGCAGCCGUUAUGUCAGAAGUGGAAACUAUCUACCAAAAAGAUGGCGAAGGGAUUCCUUCCAAGGAGGAAGUGACGAGUGUUGCAUUAGGAACAGAAGACACGUACCAAAAGGACGAAGAAAGUGAUGUUGCAAAGACUGACGUGGUGGGUGUGGCACCUGUGGAGUUAGAAACGGGAGACAUUUGCCCCAGCGACGCUGAAGGGGAUGCUGACCGAGCUGAAGGGACGCUCAUUCUGUUAGAAGGGGGAAAUAUUUACAGCAAAGACACUGACAGGCUCAGUGGAACGACAGACAGACCUGUGUUGGAGAUGGAAAGUACUUACCAAACGGAUGCUGAAGAUGACCUUAGAAAGGCUGAAAGUGUUGCAUUUGUGUUGGACAUGAAAGACACGCACCUCAGGGCAAUGCAUUCUUCCGUGGAUAUUUUGGGGGAAAGAGUCCAGAGAGAUCUUGAACAGUCCAAUGGAACAACUGAGCGUGUGCCUUCUAAAAUAGAAAUGGAAGUAACAGCUCCAGAAGGUUCUAGUGGCUGUAUUGAGAACCCUGAAGUGUCACUUCCAGAGGUAGCCGUCGAGAAAUUCAAUGGAACAACAGCAGAGGUGACCAUGACACCCAUGGAGGUCAUGCUUGCUGCCUUGGAGAGUGAAAAAGGUCCUCAAGAGUACAUGGAGAAGAGUGGUGAAGAAACGGAAGAGCAGCCUAGCGAGAGAAAGGAAGGACUAAUACUACACGAUGACAGACUUGCUUCACAUUUCCGGGGAUAUGAAUCACCUACAUUAAGUAAGGAUUACGAGGGCUACCCAGCCUUGGCAAUUCCAGAUUUUCAAGAGGAGGACACAGGAGUAGGGUUCCACCAAAUAAAGUCUGUUACUACAGUAUGCAGCAAGGAGAGAGAUGUGGAUUAUAGUGACGAAAAGGAAGAGACAAAUUUAGCCUUUAUCUCUCAGGAUGAACCAGAAAACUUGUCCUUUACCAUCUUGUACGAGGAGCCCCUUCAGGAGGAGGACAAGUACGCUGGCACAGAACUAAGAGAAACACGCUCUGUUGUGUUCCCUGACACCUCCUCUAGCAGCAUGCCUGGCCUAGCAUGUGAAAGGUCUGAGAGCAGAACUGACCUGGUCCAUCACUUUGAAAAAGAAGGUAAACUGGGUGAGGCCUUCGAUGGAGACAAUUCAGAAAUGUUCUUGUCAGUGGAAGCCAAAAGGUACAAAAUUUAUCCCUUAGCCCUGAGUCCCAUUUAUGAGGAUGACAGCUCACAGGAGGACGUCCUAUCCAGCGAGGUCUCUCCUGGUCACCAUGGCUCCACGAAAUCAAGGGAGAGUGCAAACCAGCCUUCGUCUGUCCUUUCCCUCCUGCAGUCGGUGUCAGAACGCUUACAGAGAAACUUUGAUGGAGAUGACAGACAAGUGGCCGAGGAUGAGGAUGAGGAAGCAGCAGCAGCUUCGGGGAAAGGGUUGAGAGUUGAAAGGAGGGAGCGUGUCACCUUCCACUUGGCAGAUCCUUCCAUCACCUUUUAUCCUGACGAUGAACAGGAAAGUGCUGGAAUCUCCAAGCCCUAUGAGGAGUGCAGUGAACCAACGACCUCCAAUCUGCAGCUCGGUCUGUGGCCAGAGAAGGUGUCACUUCUGCAGAAAUCGGAUCUCACAUCUAAGUUGCACUCCUCCCUGAAAAGUGCCUACCAUCAGUACUUGCAGACUUCCAGGACACAUUCCUUGGAAACGGGAACCAGAUUUGUUAGCACCUUUCAGGAACCAGUGUCCAAAUACUUCCGCGUCCAAGACCAGGCAAGCAGACUGAGUCCGUAUAUAGAGAAUGUUGACAUACAAGCUCUGAGGUGUAAUCCAAGGCCGGGGAAGAUGAUAAUCUAUGAUCUCCAUGGAAGUAAAUAUAAACAAGAGGUCUACGGUAAUGUUCCUGAUGCUACAACAUGGUCUUUCCCAAAUGGGGCACUGAUAAAAGUUGUAAGGGGCUGCUGGAUUUUAUAUGAGAAGCCCCAUUUCCAAGGUCAGAAAUGCGUGUUGGAAGAAGGGGAGAAGGUGUUAAAUCGGGACUGGCUUCAUCAGAACAAGAAGCACCCAGAACGAAACUUUGUAAUGGGCUCCAUCAAACGUGUCUUAAAGGAUUGCAUUGUUCCAGAGAUAGAGCUGUGCCCACAGUCUGACCCUGGGUGCUGCCCGGUCUACAUACAUCGAGCUGUGCGCAACCUGGAAGAACUGAACAUCCCCAAGUCUGCAUCCUACACUGUAAAAUCAGGAGUUUGGCUGGCCUACCCAGAAAUUAAUUUUAAGGGGCAAGCUACCAUAUUGGAGGAAGACCAGGGGCUCUUUGAGAUUUCUGCAGCAGAAAUGAAAUCACUGCAUCCUCUCCAAAUGGGCGGACUGAAAGUGGAAAUGCCUAUGAACUUAAAGGUUAUCCUUUAUGAAAAGUCUCACUUCCGUGGACAUACCAAAGAAUUUAGUGAACAUGUAGACUCUGUCCCUAAGGUUUUAAAAAUCGAUAAGGACUUCCGUGGCAUUGGAUCAAUUCGUGUCAUUGGUGGAGUGUGGGUUGCCUAUGAAAAGGAACACUUCAAAGGCCAGCAAUUCCUACUUGAAGAAGGAGACUUUGAAGAUUGCAGUGCUUGUGGGGCAUUAAAUGGCCCCAUCAUGUCUUUCCGGUACCUACAGGCUAAUUUUAUAGAAUCCGCUAUCACACUGUUUGAAUCUGACCUUGAAAGUGGGAAGUUCAUUGACAUUACAAAUCAGGAAAUUUCAGACUUAGAAGAAAUUGGCUUUGGCCGGGAAACAAGAUCCAUCCAUGUGAAGAGUGGAGUAUGGGUUGCCUACUGCCAGAAGUUCUUCUGUGGAGACCAGUACAUCUUAGAGAAAGGAAAAUACAAAUGCUUUUUUGAUUGGGGAGGAUCAAGUAAUACAAUCUUGUCAAUCCGACCAAUCCAGCUGGAACCACUUGGAAUAAAUGAGCCUCCACAUUUGCUCAAAGCCUUCAGCAAACCGGGCUUCCAAGGCGAGUGCAUAGAUUUUAUAAAAGAAUGUGCUGACCUGACCUCAUUCUUGCCAUCCUCCUUCAAGGUUCUCCGUGGCUGCUGGCUCCUGUAUUACCAAGAAGAUGUUUUCUAUCACCAGUGUGUAUUAGAAGAAGGCCUCUACGUUGACCUUGCUUCCUGUGGCUGCCCAUCAGCUAGAGUCAGAGCUCUCAAGCCCAUUGACUACGUUUUUGAAGAACCUUCCAUCAGCCUUUUUGCCCUGGAGCACUGUGAGGGACGAGAGUUACUUCUUGAAGACGCUGUGAAUUCUGUUUUGAACAAGGACCUCCACUUCUACACCCAGUCUGUAUGGAUAAAGAGUGGAUUAUGGAUAGCUUAUGAAGGAUCCAAUUUCUUGGGAAGGCAAAUCCUCCUUAUGCCUAAUGAAAUCCCUAACUGGACAGCAUUUAGUGGGUGGAAAACGAUUGGUUCUGUCCGUCCUAUGAAGCAGCCUGCAGUGUACAUCAGAAUAAGAAACCGAGCCCAGGAUGAGUAUUUGACAGUCACUGGGAACCUAGCUGAUGCACGAACAAUGUCUGUGUGCAUUUCUCCCUACAGCGGGAAGGACACACAGAUCUGGCACUACUGCCGAGGACUCUUUAAAUCCAAGGCCAGUGAUACAUGUCUCGAUGUGAUUGGUGGCCGGGACACACCUGGGGCCAAGGUGGCCUUGUGGACUGAACAUGGGCAAUUCAGGCAGAAGUGGAGACUGAACAGAAAUGGAACCAUCAGCUCUUAUCUCAGCGAUGAACUUGUCCUGGAUGUUAAAGGAGGAGACUAUUAUGACAAGACUUAUGUUAUUGUCAAUCAGCCCCUGGAGGGAGAAGAAACACAGAAGUGGGACAUUGAAAUCUUGUGAGACUCAUUAAAGAAACCAACCUACUCAUUGCCCGUGUGCAUGGAAAGCGGCUGUCCACACUACAAUGCUCACAGAAAGAACUUUCUCCCAAGCAAUGAAACAGCUGCUCCAUGGAAAAGCUAAAAUAUUCUCACCAGUUAUGCAGUCUUCUUGUGAAGAAAAUGUAAUGAUUUCUUUUCCUGAUGGAUCCAGUUGUGGUGAUCAAUUUCCUGAAAUCUGUUGUUCUCUCUCCUAAUUACCAAACAUGAAUCCUACUCUUGAUGGAGAAUUACCGGACAGUGCCGUUGCCUGCAUUAGUAUUACGUUAGCAUCCUGCUCCAUGCUUGUGUGAAUGAGGCACAGGGUGACAAACUCCUACAGCUUGUCAUACUCCUGAAGGAAGAUGAGUAAUUUUUAGCACAACCUGAAGACACAUUUAAUAAGCUUUUGUAUUAAGCUGCUGCUGUAUUAAAUAAACCUUAGGGUUUCUAUAUAAAAGCUUUUAUGACCGGAACACCCGUAAGUAUUUAUAUUCUUAAAUGGGGACCUAGGCCUUUUGAGGCAGAGGCACUAGUACUAAUGUAUUUUCUGCUGUAUGGCCCAUCUUUAUUCUUUUUCUACCUACAAAUGUGUAAAUGGCCUGGGAGCACCCACCUGGCACCUUGGUUUUAACCAAGAUGUCCAUUUUUCCUGAUUUGUCCUUACGUGUGAGUUACUUCCAUAUACGAGUUGACUGUCUCCCCAGAGUAAAGGACUGCCCAAAGGUUCAGAUAAAACAGGGCUUCUACUUUGCCACCUGACUUUCUCUACUCAGUGUCAACUAUCAUCACCUGUACAGGUCAACAGCCUGCCCUUGCCUGAGAUGGACUAAACUUAAUUGUUGAGACAGCCACUGCUUUCAGCCCCAACUUUUGCCAGAAAGAAUAUUCUAUUUUUACAUAAAUGCUACAGCAAUAUUUUUAAGUAUCAACGUCUAUGCACUUUAGACUCAAAGAAAAGACCUCAGACUUUGAGUAUUUUUUAUAUACUUGGUCUUUGGUUUGUUUUUUUUUUAGUCUCUGGCUCUUCUGUCAUCUUCUAAGCAGCAUCUGAAAGCGCCCCUCACAUCCAGCUGCUGAUUCAUGUGGCAAUAUUUCAUGAAAUGUGUUUAUUUUAAUGGGGAUGGGGGCAUGGAUACGCAAAGAUAUGUAUAUUUUCAUUGUAACAAAACCCAACUUUCUUCCUAAGUUUUAAUUGUUAAAAAGUAUUUUUGGAGCUAAGGAGGCUCUUUAAAAGGAGUUAAUGACAUAAUUCUCUAGGACAUAUGUCCUGGAAUUGUGCCUUUUCUACAACACUGGAUUAAAUAAACUUGUCAGAAGUCUC